GAAAACGUCCUUAAUUUAAAGAGCGGCAACAAAAGUUGGAACAUUCAAUUCCAGGAUUUGUGACAACUGUGCAAGGUUGCCCGUGAAGAUCAGUUGGCCUGAUAGUUCCCAUCGAUUUCCAAUGAACUGAUCCUCCUCGGAGCAUUAAUAAUUCACCACCUAUGUCCCGCGUUGUGAGUGGACACGGCACUGGUGAUCGAGAGAGUUGAGGUUCUUUGGUCCAUUGUUGCCGGCAAACGGCAGUGCAUGAUUGUGAUGCCGCUGGGCAAUAGCCACUGUGUCUUCAACACCAAACACCACUGAAGGUCUAGAGAUGGCUGCGCGUAUCAACUUAGUUGUGGCGGUGCUGUUAGUGCUCGCUUGGAUUCUCCGUGCAAAAUGUCAGUGUGUUGGUCCGAAGGGGGCGCCGGGGCCACAGGGCCCAAAGGGUUCUGUCGGUGAUUCGACCGACAGUGCCUGGCAGAACGUGGCACCUGUCCGUAAUUGGCGACAGUGUACCUGGGAAUAUGGUGACGGGAAAGAUAAUGGCGUCCUUUAUACUUGUCAGUUCGAGAAGAAAUUCGACAGUACCUCGCUGUUCAUGGCCUACGGUGGUGUGACUCGCAUCACCAACUGCCACGGCUGUUGUGGUCGCUGGUACUUCACCAUCAAUGGUGCCGAAUGUAGCAACCCACAGAAUAUAGAUGGGACGGUAUACAUGGCGCACUUUUCCGGAGCCGAUCUCCACCGUCAUCGGACGGUACAAGGAUACUGUAAUGGUAUCAGCGCCGGCUGGAUUGACGUCACAAUCAACGUGGGCAACUGUAACGGUUACGGCAACUAUGAUCUCUACUCGGGAUGGAACAGUGUGUCUCGGGUAGUAGUGGAAGAGGUACCUGCCUCACCCUAUGGCUAACUUGAGACGGUGGGGAGUAGUCUGGUGGUACCACGGGUGGAGCUACAUACCUUGAUGUUCUUAAUCGAUUCUAAUUUUUUUUGACCGAAAAAAGUAGUUAUUGCAAAUUAUGCAGGUAGCUAGACUCUAUAGACUCUAUAAACGAACGUUUCUGAGGCAAGGUAUAACAUCUCCUUAUCUGAUUUUGUGCGCUUAACUGAAGAUGUUGGCACCGCUGCAACUGUUUGUUAUUACAUGUACAUACUCAGAGACGUGUGGUUUGUUGCACUCUCAGUUAGUUCGUUGGGCAGUGUGAUUUCAAUACGUACGAUUGAGCCAUACAGCCUUAACAAAGUUCACACUUAUGAGCAUGAACCAUGUCCAACCUGUUGUUCCUUUUUGUGAAUUUUGCGAUAUCGAUAUAAAAUUUAUUUAUGUGUAAAUAUGAAGAGAUUUUCGUUACUUUUAACUACUUGCUCGUUUAUUAAUCAGUAGAUGUGCAGAUGUAAUUCUUUUUAUUGGUUGAAACUGACGCCAAAGAUCGUGACGUCACAGCGUUGUGCUAAGGUGUGAAUAAAA